CUGCCUCACGCACCCGACUCAGUUCCGCCGCGACCGGUGUUCUCGUCCGACACGCGUGCGUCCGUACGACCAGUUUGUUUUAUUAUUGUGUUCUUAUGAAAUAUUGAAAUUAUUUCAAUUAAAUUUUUCCAUUCUGUUGUUCUUCUCAUUUUCGUUGUUCUAAUAUUUUUUGGACAGUAUUUUACUCUUUUUUUUUUUUCAUUACGGAAUAAUCUUUUGUGGCUUAAGAUUUGUUUAUCGAAUUAUUAUUUUUUCCAACAGUCCUAUUGGUGGACCCGUAUAUUUCAUAGUUUGACAACUUACGGACUAAAAGAAAAAAGGAUUGACGAAUUAAAUAACAUGCAACCAAGCAACGGCUCCAAAGACUCGGGGCCGGCCACCGAGAAAACUGCUGGCGGCGGCGGCGGUGGCGGUAACCAACAGUUCUGCCUCAGAUGGAAUAACUACCAGAGCAACUUAACCAACGUUUUCGACCAGCUCUUGCAGAAUGGUACUUUUGUAGAUGUCACCAUAGCGUGCGAUGGCCACACUCUCAAGGCACAUAAAAUCGUCUUGUCUGCCUGUAGCCCUUACUUCCAAAGCAUGCUCGCCGAAAACAAAUGUAAGCAUCCGAUCGUCAUACUGAAAGACGUCCAAUGGCCCGAGCUGCGUGCUGUCGUUGACUUUAUGUACAAAGGCGAGAUUAACGUGUAUCAGGAACAGAUCGGACCGUUGUUGCGGGUAGCCGAGACGUUAAAAGUCCGCGGACUCGCCGACGUGAGUAAUGAACAGCUUACCGGUGGAGGCAACGGCAAUGAACCGCAAACCGCCACCGUGGUCACGCCGGCCGCUACGAUUACCGAGCCGGGAUCGCCGAAACAGCCAGCCCGCAAGCGGUACAGGAUGUCUUGCAGUCCGGAAACUGUCAUAUCCGAACCCGGACAGGCAGAUACACCGCUAAACUUACACCACAUGCCAGCGUCGACUCAUCAUCCUAAUCAAACGUCUUCGACUCCUCAAUCUCAACAUCAACAACAACCCCAACAACAGCAGCAGCAGCAGCAACAACAACAACAGUCUUCGCAACACGUGCAUCAACAGCAACAAACGCCCUCUUCGAUCCCACCUCCUCCUACUUCUAGCAGCGUGGUCGACGAUUUGGAGAUUAAGCCUGGCAUCGCAGAAAUGAUCCGAGAAGAAGAAAGGGCAAAAAUGUUUGAAAGUUCUCAAGCCUGGUUAGCUUCUACAUCCUCACCCAUGACCUCUGAUAGUUACCAGUAUCAACUACAAUCUAUGUGGCAAAAAUGCUGGAACACCAAUCAAAGUUUAGUACAUAAUUUGCGGUUCAGGGAACGUGGUCCUCUCAAGUCUUGGAGACCUGAGACCAUGGCCGAAGCGAUACUGUCAGUGCUCAAAGAAGGUCUAUCUCUGUCGCAGGCUGCUCGCAAGUACGACAUACCGUAUCCUACAUUUGUGUUAUACGCUAACCGCGUGCACAAUUUACUUGGACCCUCUGCUGAUGGAGGCGCAGACUUGAGGCCUAAAGGUCGUGGACGUCCCCAGCGAAUACUUUUAGGAUUUUGGCCUGAAGAUCACAUUCAAAAUGUUAUUAGGACUGUUGUAUUUAGAGAUGCUCAAAACAUCAAAGAAGAAGCGUUACACAUGUACCCAAGAAUACCGUGCUUGCCUGACCCUAUGUCCGGUGGCCAUUACGGUAACAACUCAUUACCGUCAGGAGAAGGACCUGUGUCACCCAACUCGGCAGCCGCCGCUGUUGUAGCCGUGGCUCAGGGACUUCGUCAACAAAUGAUGGCUGCGGCCGGACACAACAUCUCACCUUCAUCCGGUGUAGACGCCUUUGCCUUACUAGCAUCGUCUCACCUGCCUAGUCCUGCCGACAUGUCGCCUAACUCAACGCCACCCGAUUCUCCACUAGUGUCUAACAACAACGUAGAGGUUAGUCUGAGCGGUUACAAAAGAUCUAUUGACGGUCACCAUCAUAAUCACCAUCAUUCGAAUCAGGAUAACGUUUUUGUAGAGGAUAUCGAUGAACUGGUCAAGAACAGCCAUUGCACCGGAGCAUCGUCCAUAAACAACACGAUCGACCAACAGCCUUUGCCGUUGGUCAUCGAACAACGGACUGAUUAAUGAGCAGACUGAUUAAACAUAAUAUUAAAUACACACACAUAACUAACGAACAAAAUAUCUGAAAUUUUAAAAUCGCCAAAAGACUCGUGAAGUCGUAAAAACAAGUAUAACCUGUAGAAAUAACAUACAUUGUUUCUGUUUUUUAACCUAACUAUCGUGUCGUAUAAAAUUAACGCAUAGACUUUAUACAUAAUAAUAAUAAUUAUUAUUAUUCAAUGCAGUCCUAGCAUUUAUUUUUUAAAAGUAUUUUCAUAAUUAUCUAUUACUGUUUUGAGGUAACAAUAAUAAUUGAUAAAUGCGCACUAUAUAUAUUUGUAUAAUCAUUAAAUAUACAUUACACGCAUAUACUUUACCUUAAAAUGUUAAUAAAGAUAUGUGUGUGUAUCACAUAUACAUAUAUAUAUAUAUAUAUAUUAUAUUGUGUUCUACCUAUGCCAUUUUACUAAUUCUUUCCCUCGAUAACUACAAAACAUUUUUUAUAUAUUUUGUAUCGACGGUAAACGAACUUUAAUGAUUAUGAUAUUUUGUAAAAUAAUUGUUUAACGAUACUAAAAUUAUAUUUGAACGCCUAAACGGUCGGCAUAAGCAUAAUAUGAAUAAUUUGUGUACUACACGUGUAAUGACUAGUUAUAGUUUCUUUUAUAUAUAUAAAUUUGAAAAAUUCAUGUACAGUAUUUACAAAUACUAUUAUUUACGACACUGUAUAAUGGUAAUGAACGUCAAUUCGGUACCUAAAACAAUAUUAUAUGUACUGUGCAUUCAUGUAUACAUAAAUAUGUGUAUGAGUUAUAUAGACAUAUAAAUGUACCUAAUGGAUGUAUAUUGUUUGAUAUGUGUCAAUAAUAUGUCCGACGGACAAUAAAAUGUGUUAUUUAUCGGUAGAUAGGUUGUAAAAAAUUUUAAUUAAAAAUAAAGUGGUAAAAUAACAUCAGUAGAAAAUAGUAAAAAAAAUUGUGACGUUCGAUGCCAUGUAUAAUAAUAUUCAUAUUUAUAUAUGUAUAUAUUUAUAAAUGUGUAAAAUAUAAUGUAGAACGAAGAAGAAAAUACUUUAAAUACAUAUUUUUAAGGCAAUAUUAAAUAUAUUGGUUACCUGUUCCUAGCACGUAUAAAUUAUUUGUAUAAUAUUAUUAUUUUAUUUUUUGAAAAAAAAAAUUCUUAAUGGACUAGGCCAGUAAACUAAACAAUAAUAAUUUAUUAUUGGUUUUAAGACAACUUAAUUACUGUUUACGACUUAAGUUCUUUUUUCCUUGUCUUAGUUUUUUAGUAAAUUUAUUUUCACAAAUAUUGACUAUGUUUGGAGUAAGGUUAAUGUAUGCAUAUACUAUUUCAUUUAUAUUUGUUAAUAAAUGUAUUAAAAAAAAUGGACAAAACUAAAUUGUACUUGUUUUAGAAAACGCAGAUAAUGUUAAUAACAAUUAAUUACUAUUCUCAUGUGUAUAUUUAUUAUUUUUAGAAAUAAAAGGUAAUUUUAUUUCUUAUUGUACAGAUUAAAUUGAAUAAACCUUGCUACUUUUCAUUUUUC